CCGAGGUCAAAGGUGACAGCUUCCGGGAACUGUUGUCUCCACUGGCCACUCCUCCCUCUGUCGACCAGUUUCUUCGGGCAGCUGGGAGGCCAGUUAAAAAAAAAUGGAACCUUUUUCCUGUGACACUUUCGUGGCAUUACCUCCAGCAACAGUCGCUAACAGGAUUAUUUUUGGAAAAAAUUCAGAUAGACUCUGUGACGAAGUACAAGAGGUAGUUUAUUUUCCUGCUGCAGUUCAUGAUAACCUGGGAGAACAUCUUAAGUGUACAUAUAUAGAAAUUGAUCAAGUUCCUGAAACAUAUGCUGUUGUCCUGAGUCGCCCAGCUUGGUUGUGGGGUGCAGAAAUGGGAGCCAAUGAGCAUGGAGUUUGCAUUGGAAAUGAAGCUGUAUGGGGAAGAGAAGAAGUUUCUGAUGAAGAAGCACUACUAGGAAUGGAUCUUGUCAGACUUGGCCUUGAAAGAGCUGAUACAGCUGAAAAAGCCCUCAAUGUCAUUGUUGAUUUAUUAGAAAAAUAUGGCCAGGGUGGAAAUUGCACAGAGGGUAGGAUGGCAUUUAGCUAUCACAACAGUUUCCUGAUAGCUGAUAGGAAUGAAGCCUGGAUACUGGAGACUGCAGGGAAGUACUGGGCAGCAGAAAAAGUUCAAGAGGGAGUUCGUAAUAUUUCUAAUCAGCUUUCCAUAACAACCAAGAUUGACUGGGAACACCCAGACAUAAGAACCUAUGCUAAGCAGAAAGGUUGGUGGGAUGGUAAAAACGAGUUUGAUUUUGCUGCAGCAUACUCCUAUCUUGACACAGCCAAGAUGAUGACUUCAUCAGGCAGAUACUGUGAGGGCUACAAGCUUCUAAAUAAGCACAAAGGAAAUAUAACUUUUGAAACAAUGAUGGAAAUUCUUCGGGACAAACCAAGUGGCAUCAAUAUGGAGGGAGAAUUCUUGACCACUGCAAGCAUGGUUUCUAUUUUACCUCAAGACUCCAGCCUUCCUUGCAUUCACUUCUUUACAGGGACUCCUGAUCCCGAGAGAUCUGUUUUUAAGCCUUUCAUAUUUGUGCCACAUAUUUCACAACUGUUGGAUACCAGUUCACCAACAUUUGAACUUGGAGACCUAGUUAAAAAGAAGUCACAUUUUAAGCCUGACAGAAGACACCCACUCUACCAGAAACAUCAACAGGCAUUGGAAGUAGUAAAUAAUAAUGAGGAAAAAGCCAAAAUAAUGCUGGACUACAUGAGGAAACUGGAGAAAGAGCAAUUCAGACAGAUGGAAUCAAUCCUUCAAAACAAGCAUCUUGAUGUGGAUAAAAUUGUUAAUCUUUUUCCUCAGUGUACAAAAGAUGAAAUUCAAAUUUAUCAGUCAAAUGUUAGUUCUUAGUGAUCAUAUGGUCAGCUAAUAUUAGUUCUUAGUGAUCAAUGGUCAGCAAUCUCCGAAGUUAUAAUCUGUCACCUUGGUAAAUUAUAUAAACCUAAUUUGAGCAGAUCUGAUUAUUCCUGGAUAGCAUUCAAGUGGUAUCUUGACUAUUAAAACUACAUUGUUGCUGAAAUACUCAGAAAGAAAACAUUGGAACUGGAUUAAUGUAUCAUGGGAUAUAGGUGUUAUUUCAGGUGAUGUACUUAUUAUUUUCUUUAGCUAUAGUAACUUUGUCAUGAUAAUUAAGUAUUCAAUUCUAUGUUAAGAAUGAAACAUUAAAAUGAUGCAUGGAUUUAUGUUUAUUAUAAUUAUUUAGUACUCUCAAAUCAUUUUCUCAGUUACAUCAAGAAAGCAGAUUUUUCUUAUUCAUGAAAAACAUCUCAAGUGAUGAGUUCUUUGUGCUUUAGGCAAAUAUUAACCAGCUCUAACAAGAAAAAUUUCUAGAUUUACACAUUGUUAAUACAGUAUAUUAAUUCUGCAAAUUCACUUUUAGUAAACUCAGACAUGCUCUUUGUCAAGAUUUGGCUAACCAGUGAGCUUGUAGCUCUGAUUAUCUAGCAUUUUUAGGGUCAUUCUCCUUAAUAGGCUUUUAUGUUAAUAAGAUAUAUUUUUACAAGAGCUUAUUUGGGAGAUUAGAGAAUAAGAUAAAAGAUCCAAACCUUAGGAUAUAUUGUUUCUGGGUCUGAAAUCUCUCUCAUUGGUAACUUCUGUUCACUCAGUGAAAACAGAAACAAGAAUGAGGUAGUGGCAAUGAAACAAAAUUAUUAGUAUAUUAUGAACAUGAUAACAUUAACACUAUAAUGCAUUAUAUAUUAUGCAUAUUAUAAAUGAGUAACAGCUUCCUAAAGUUUAUAAAACAUUGUUUAGGUUACAUAAAGAUUAUCAAGUAAGACUCAAAAUUGCAAAUAUAAACAAAAGAAAAAUCCAACUGAAAAUAACACUAAGUAUUUUUGGGUUUCUAGAUUGUCCAUUUUGGUAUUUGGUUAUAUUAUCAUAUUUGCUAAUUGCUAUCAACACAAUUAGGUUAAUAAAGAAGUGGGUCAUUAUAUUCAAAGAGUGCUCAGGAAGUUAUGUUUUCAAAGUUCUCUCAUAAUACCAUCAUCUGCCUGAUACUGCUCUUGUCUAAUAUAGGGCUGACAUUACAAAGGAAAAGAUGUCUGACUCAAGUACUGUCUUGAUUCUGUUAGCCUUAAGUUUGGUUCAGUGAUAGGCUGUCUCUACAUGAAGACCCCUGGCCAACCCCUAUACUCCUCUUCUCUCUUUUAAUAGAUGAGGAAACCAAGGGCACACACUUCAUUGAUUUCCUCAGGGACACAUGUAGGAAUCUUAUUUCCCUCUCUAGGGCAAGCAUGUUGUCACCUUCUCCUUUGCUGCCACCUUAGACUAAAUUAGCACCAUCUCUUACCUGGACCAUUGCAGUUAACUCUUCUCCUACACACUCCUUUUGUUCUUUAUCUCCAUCCACAUGAGUCACUGCAGCCAGAGUAAUCUAUAAAAAAUUUAAAUUUGAUUAUGAAUCCCCCUCCUAAAACUUUUUGAAAAGAGACUUUGUUUUUUGGAGCACUUUCAGGUUCACAGCAAAAUUGAACAGAAAGUACGGAGUUUCCAUAUAGCCCCUAUUACCACACCUGCAUAGCCUCCCCCACUGUCAACAUCACAGUACCAGAAUAGUACAUUUGUUAGAAUCGAUGGCCCUACCUUGACACAUUAUCACCUGAAGUCCAUAGUUCGUUAGCGAUCACUGUUGAUAUGGUACAUCCUAUGGGCUUUGAAAAUUGUAAAAUGACAUGUAUCCACCAUUAUAGUAUUAUACAGAGUAGUUUCACUGCCCUAAAAAUCUUCUGCCUAUUUAUCCCACUCUCCCUCCAACCCCUGGCAACAACUGAUCUUUUUACUGUCUCCAUAGUUUUGCCUUUUCCAUAUGUCAUGUCAUCAGAAUCAUACAGUAUGUGAUUUCUAAGGAUUGUCUUCUUUAACUUACUUAGUAAUAUGCAUUUAAGGUUCCUCCAUGUCUUUUCAUGACUUGAUAGCUCAUUUUAGUUCUAAAUAAUAUUCCAUUGUCUGAAUGUACCACUAUUGAAGGACAUCUUGGUUGCUUCCAAAUUUUGAAAAUUAUGAAUAAACCUGCUGUAGAUAUCCAUGUGAAGGUUUCUGUGUGGACAUGUUUUCAACUCAUUUUGUGUAAAUACUGAGGAGCACAAUUGCUGGAUCAUGUGGUAAGAGUAUAUUAUGUUUAGUUUGUAAGAAACUGCCAAACUGUUUUGCAGAGUGGCCAGCACUUUGCAUCCCUAUCAGCGCUGAAUAAGAGCUCUGAUGCCCUAUAUUCUUGUCAGCAUUUAUUGUCAGAAUUUUGGAUUUUGGCCCUUCUAAUAGGUACAUAAUGGUAUCUUGUUUUAAUUUAAAAUUCCCUGAAGAUAUAUGAUGUUGAACAUCUUUUCAUAUGGUUUUAUCUGUUUAUCUUCUUUGCUGUGUUGUCUGUUUAGAUCUUUUGCCCAUUGUUUACUCAGGUUAUUUUCUUAUUGUUGAGUCUAAAACUCUUUAAAUGCCAAAAAGAUCACACUGAUCUGCCUCAUCUAUAUCUUAUUACACCUUCAACCAUUGUGUUUUACGUUUCUACUAUGCUGCUCUUUCAUGUCCUUGAAUGUGCCUUCCUCAUGGCUGUACUGUCUGUACUAUUCAUUCCAUGUGCUCCCAUUUACAUAAGUAAUACUUUACAUCCUUUCAAGUUUCGCUAAGACAUGACUUCCUCAGGGAAGUUUUCCUCACACCACAAGUUCUAUCUUACAUACUCUUAGAGGCACUCCUGAUCACAGGUUAAUCAUGUCUAACAUCUAUUUUUCACAGAAUAGAAGCUCCAUGAGGAUGGAAUCAUAUUUGUUUCCACUCUUGUAUGCUCAGUGUUCAGAUUGAGUCUGGUACAUGCUAGAUUGCUCAAUAAAUAUCUGUUAAAUGACCGAUGGGAAGAGCUUAGACAGUGCCUCUUCUCUGCCUGUGGAAAUGUAAAGUUGAAGAAAUUAUCUAGACAACCUAUCUGCACAACUUGGUAUCCUUUGAUAAGCCUCAGGUUAACCUGUCACCUCUUAGAUAUUGUGUAUUAUUUACUAUUACUUAAUAAGCCAGGGCAAUAAUAUGAGUAUUCUAGAGAAGGCUAUUUUGUUUGAUAUGUGAUGAAAACAUCAGUUUUUAUAUGUUAAUCAUGAAUCAAAUGUUUUGCUCUAGAAGUAACUAUGUAGCCUAGAAUUUUGGAGAGUUAGUUUCUUCUACAGAAACUACAGAGCUAAUGUUUUCUCUUUUUCAUUAAUUAAUUCAGCCUUUUAUCAUACCAAUUGCAGAAAUUUAUAAUCUCAUCUUUUCUUGAAGAAUGGUGAUAACAUUUAUGAUCCUGAACUUUUUUCCCAGCCAUCACUUAUCACAUGACUAUCUAUGUCCAGUGGCCUAAUUUAAUAUUUUACGUGAGAUUUGAAGGGGUAAACACUAAGAGCUGUAUUCUGCUGCAUAACAAACAUAUAAAACACUAGUUUCACAUUUUUCUUGCUUUAGAAAUUUACUGAUCACUAAUUGUUGUUCUCAAAAUGCCAAAUACCCUUUAUCUUCAUCCAAAAAUAUUGAAAGCUAAGUACAAGCUAGGCAUGGAGUUACUCAUUGAGAGUUAAGAAAACAAUUGAUUCUGCACAUCAAGAGGUGCCCGGUUAAAAAAAAAAAAAAAAAAAA